AGAGUACACGGAUGAUAGUGCCCUGAUUCCCAAGAACUCAUCUGUAAUUGUUAGAAGAAUCCCAAUUGGAGGAGUUAAAUCUACAAACAAAACAUAUGUCAUGACUCCUAAACCGCACAAAAUCCUAGAAACUUCUUUCAGAAGUCGAACUGAACCAGUGAGUGGAACUUCAAAAGCAAAUGGUAUGAGGCAUUACACUAACCCUGGAUCAUUGGAUCUGAUUGCUUGAUAGGAAUUUCUAGAUUCUGUUGUUCUAAAUGCUUAACUUUGAGUCAGUGGUGUAUGAAGAAUAUAGCCUCUUGUUCUUGUGAAAUGUAACACAAUUCUGAAAUCCUAGUCUUUUGUACUUAUGGCUUUAUAUCUUUAAAAACCUAAUCUGCAAUCCAAAAUUCUAUUAGCAGUUGGUUCAAAUUGGUAUUUAGACAUACAUGUGUCUGAAUGCUAGCUCAAAUUAGCUCAACUGGCCCAGUGACCCUAGAAGUUAAUGUAAUGCAUUUAUGUGAACCACAUUUACAGUAUUUGAUCUAAUCCAGAUGAGUUUUUAUUUCUUGAAAACAGUUUUUCCUUUUUGUUUACUAGCAUGUGUAUGAACACAAAUCACAUGUUCAUAAAUAAAGUUAACAUUCUUUUAGCCUUGUGUGUUCCCUGGCAUCUCUGUAUUACAUUUCUAAGUAGCAUCUUAUUAUGAGCUGAUAUAGAUUUCUCAUAAAUUUAAAAAUACAUACUUUAAAGAGUGGCUGUAUUAAUUCCAAAUAAAACUAUUUAAAUUUAAAUCAUAGGAAAGCAAAAAUAUUCUCUCAUCUUGUUGGCACGAUUGAUGCUCUGUAGCUUGCGGGCAGAAAAACAAUCGGUUUGGACCUGAUCUUGCCAGCCUUCCAUAUAUGCAGCUUCUGUUAAUGAUAAUACAUAGCUCUUAUUUAAUCUCAAAGACUUUAGGGUUUCUAGCUGUACAAUGUACAGGAUGAAUCAUGUCCAGUGAUGUGGGCAUAGUUAUUACCUUUAAUUGCCCAGCACAACCUAAAAUUAGGGACCAAAUCGUGUCCUCAAUAAUAUGUGCACAACUCCCAUUAAAUGUAUUUGAAGUUAGAACUUGGCUCCAGUGCACCAGGAUUAAAUUAUUUGAAGACUGAUACACUGUAAAAACAAAGCAUAGGGUGGGUAGCAAGUUUUAAAUGGAUUAGUAUAUCUGAGAUUAAUUCAGGUAAUUUGAUAAUCUUAACUGAUUUAUGUCUGCAUUGCCUUUCUCUUGUGUUACUAUCCUCCUACACUUUGUGCACAUUUUAACAUUGUCACAAACAGAAUUAGGGUUCUGACCUUUAGUUUUUAAAUUGGCGACUGACAUUAGGAUCAGUAUGUUAGUAGCAAUAAGAAGCGUUAAUCAGAAUUGGUACCCCCACUGUUUUAGGUACUAUAUAAAUACACAAAAUGGUCCUUUGCUUAGAGAAGGAGUCACUGUAAUUCUACUUAGCCAUUUUUUCCAGUGGCCUACAAUACCCAGGAUUCAAAUGGUCAUUAAUAUUGAAAUCCAUGUAGUUCUACAGUGGUCUUUGUGUAAAGUUUACAGUUGGAGGGGUAUUUUUUUUUCCUGGCUUUUUUCCCUGCUUUCUCUACCCUACUCCAGUUCUCUGGACAGUCUUCUGUAUGACGUGGGACCCAAUAUAGUUAAAAAAAAAAAAUCUACCUUUUUGAUGAUGUAAGUUCUUCUACACUAUUGGGUCUGUUCUUUUGCACAGUCACCAGAACCCUGGACAUGGAGGUUCCGCAUGCCUGAAUCCUGUGGCUGGCAGGAAGCUUGACCAAAUGCUAUUGUUGAAAUUUUUAAAAUGUUAAAAGCAAAAAAGAGUACAACACAGGCAAGAGGCCACCAGGAGUUACACUCACUAAGUACAUGUCUACAGUAGGAAAUUAUUUCAAAAUAACUCCCGAAAUAACAAUUUCAAAAUAGCACUAUUCCUCAGACAAGCAGGAGUUAUUCUUUCAAAAUAACAAGCCCAUUAUUUCAAAAUAACAGGCUUGGUAGUGUGGAUGCUCCGCUUGUUUUUUGGAAUAAGGAGUUGCAUCAAAAUAAUUCCCUAAUGUAGAUCAGGACUAAGAUAUUAAUCAGCUAUUUGCUCUCUGGUAAUUUAAUGUUCAGGAAUAACAACAUUACCUCCUUCCUUAAGAAGUUACAUCCGUGUCUAAACCCAUUAGUGCUUUCUCAUCAGAAAACUUUAACUACUGUCACCUCACUGUACUUAAGUAGAAAAUAUGACCCAUUUUAAAAAGCUACCAUUGGACUCUUGCAAUUAUACUAGCAUUGACAAAAAAAGAUAAAACAUUCAUAACACUUAAUGAGCUGUUAAAAUUAUUUUCUGGGCUUUUGUGUUUAUCAGCUGUAGUGGUAAAACAUCUAUUUCUCUGUAUUUCCACAUGUAAAAAGAGGCGACAUCUAGAACCUCAGCUUUCCGGUUAUUUUCUGAAAUAGACUGAAUUUCAGUCAAGAAAUAUAAAGGAAAAGGGGGCUUCUAAUUCUUCCUCCAUAGAAUAUCUUUGGGAGAGUCAUAAGAUUCUUUUAGGGAAUUGCUUGUAACAUUAAAAAAAAAAACCCACUACUUUCUUCUCUUGAGAGAGGUUCUUAACUUGUGAAAUUUUACUCAGUUUCUUGAGACAUCUUAAUUUUAAGACCACAUAACCAGUGAGCCCAAAAUCUGUUUAUACAAAUUGUAUUUUGAUAAAUGGCUAGAAUUUGAUUUACUCAUUUCAUUCUUGUUGAUAGUGGCAUGUAGCAAAUUGAUAUCUCUACAAAGAGCUCAGGAAUUGUCCUUUUCAUGUGUGGAAAAAUUAUGUAUAACCAAUGGUUUUGAAUAGGUAAUCUAACUUACACUACAGUCUGAAGCCUUUAAAACAGCCACUUUUCUGCAAGGUACUUUGUUCCAGCAGGCACAGGGGUCUGCCUACAUGGAUGAGCAGCUUGCAGGGCUGAGACACAAGUUCUUACCUUCAACAGGGAGAGUUUGCUUUCUUGGUUUUGUUCAUAAUGGAGUCCAUAACCUCUUCUCAUGAUUGUUCUCAAAAAGGAUCGUUUUUAAUAGGUAGGGGAAAAUCUCUAAAGUCAGUUGCAUGUAUUCAGUUCAAUUUUAUAAUAUGCCCUUUUGUUUUAAUAAAAUGGACUUGUUUCAUUUCUUCCCUGUUCUAGUAAACUCCUGUGAUGCAUAGAAUUAUACAGUUUUUUUACUAGUCCUAAUUUGAUCCAGACAGUUUAUUUUACAAUUUGUAUGUCAGUGGAAGGAUUACUUUUAUUAAAUGGAUUUUUGACAUGUUUCUAUCUCUCUAGACUGCUAUGCUUGUUCUUUCUUUUGGCAACAGCCUACUUCACAAAAGCAUAAUUACACCCUUUCAUGAUUAAGUGUUAAAUUACAAAAUAUAUUAAAUGUACAUUUAUAUAUUAACACACACUUUCUCAAAUUGACUUUUAAAAAAUACUUUAAAAAUGUAACCCAGUUAGCUACAAUGUGAGAAUUAUUUGUUCUCUCUGUAAUAUAUUAAAUCAUAUAGAUUUAGAGAGUUAUGGGGUCUCAUCAAGGGGAGAAGAAGCUUUGAGUCAAUAAAUUGACUUAAGCAAAUUACUUCGCUAUUUUACCAUCUUCCCCUCAAACUGGCCUUUCUUGAUCUCAACCCAUUUUUAAAGCUGCCAUGGAUUUGGGCUCCAUUUCUUCUUGUGCAAGUAAAAUUGCACUGCUUUGGAAAAUGCCUCUGUCAGUGGUACACACAAAAUACCCAGUGUAGAUGUUCAAACUUCGAGAGGCUAAAUAUGGCUAUGUUUUGAUUGUGGAACUUGAAUGUGUGUUUAAUUUUUUGUGAACAGAUUGAUGACUCUUCUGCAUCUAUUUCUCUGGCCCAGCUUGCAAAGACUGCCAAUCUGGCUGAAGCCAAUGCUUCUGAAGAAGAUAAAAUAAAAGCUAUGAUGUCACAGUCUGGCCAUGAAUAUGAUCCAAGCAAUUACAUGAAGAAACCUUUGGGUCCACCUCCACCAUCCUAUACAUGCUUUCGUUGUGGAAAACCUGGUCAUUACAUAAAGAAUUGUCCAACAAAUGGGGACAAAAAUUUUGAGUCUGUUCCCAGGAUUAAAAAGAGCACAGGAAUUCCCAGGAGUUUCAUGAUGGAAGUGAAAGAUCCCAAUACAAAGGGUGCUAUGCUUACAAACACAGGAAAAUAUGCAGUACCAACUAUUGAUGCGGAGGCUUAUGCUAUAGGGAAGAAGGAAAAGCCCCCUUUCCUGCCAGAGGAACCAUCCUCCUCCUCAGAAGAGGAUGAUCCUAUUCCAGAUGAAUUGUUAUGUCUAAUCUGCAAAGAUAUAAUGAAUGAUGCAGUUGUCAUUCCCUGCUGUGGAAACAGUUAUUGUGAUGAAUGUAUCCGAACAUCACUACUGGAAUCAGAGGAACAUACCUGCCCAACUUGUCAUCAGACAGAUGUUUCCCCUGAUGCUUUGAUUGCCAACAAAUUCUUACGCCAGGCUGUAAACAACUUCAAAAAUGAAACUGGCUACACAAAAAGGCUCCGUAAGCCGAUACCACCCCCAAGACAGCCAGUUCAGCGGAACCUGCAACCUGCAGUAAGGCCUCCAGUUUCCAGACAACAGGAUCCUUUAAUGAUUCCAAUCACUUCUACACCUUCCCUAACAUCAUCAUUGACUCCUGGUCAAUCAUCUGUGACAACUACUUUGCCAGUAAAUCAGUCCUCUGCCACUGCACCUGCUGCUGAUAUCGCUGCAAAAAUGUCCAUAUCUCUUCACUCUGAAAAACCAGAAGGACACUUUCAUGAUCCUGAUAGCAUGAUGCCUCCUGCUGCUAUUGGGACUGCCUCCGAACAUUCUAAAACAUCUUCCUCUCUGUCGAUUAGCACUGUGAUGGAAGAGAAGGGCUACCAGGUUCCUGUACUAAGACAGACAGCGUUACAAGGCCAGUUAACUUCACAAGGACACUCAAUACCCACUACUGGUCAGCCAAUAAGAACCAAUACAGUCCGUUCUGCAGGCAACAGGCCAGGGUGGGAACCAAGUUCAAAUCGAGGACGCCCGCAUAGUGAACGUACACAAAGGACUCAGGGCCCAACAUUACCAGCAUCAACACCUGUCUUUGUGACUGUGCCUCCACCUCCCCUGUUUCCUCCACCUCCCCAUGCACUUCCUCUUCCACCGGGGGUACCUCCACCACAGUUUCCUCCUCAGUUUCCACCUGGUCAGCCUCCACCUGCUGGGUAUAAUGUCCCCCCACCGGGAUACCCCCCAGCUCCUGCAAACAUAUCAACACCUUGGGUACCAACAGCAGUACCAACGGCUCAUUCAAAUGCCAUCCCAACGACACAAGCACCUCCUUUAUCUAGGGAGGAGUUUUACAGAGAGCAGCGGAGACUUAAAGAGGAAGAAAAGAAAAAGUCCAAACUUGAUGAGUUCACAAAUGAUUUUGCAAAGGAAUUAAUGGAAUACAAGAAGAUUCAAAAGGAACGUAGACGCUCAUUUUCCAGGUCCAAGUCACCCUAUAGUGCUUCAUCUUAUUCAAGAAGUUCAUAUACCUACUCCAAGUCAAGGUCAGGUUCAUCCCGCUCCCGUUCCUACUCUCGAUCGUUUAGUCGCUCACAUUCUCGUUCAUACUCACGAUCACCUCCGUAUCCAAGAAGAGGCAGGGGGAAGAGUCGUAACUAUCGUUCUAGGUCCAGGUCCCAUGGAUAUCAUCGUUCGCGAUCAAGGUCACCCCCAUAUAGAAGAUACCAUUCUCGAUCGAGAUCUCCAGUUUUCAGAGGCCAAUCCCCCACCAAGCGGACUGUACCUCAAACGGAGGGGGAGAGAGAAUAUUUUAACCGUUAUAGAGAAGUUCCACCAUAUGACUUGAAAGCAUACUAUGGGAGACCUGUUGAUUUUAGAGAUCCAUUUGAAAAGGAAAGAUACAGAGAAUGGGAAAGGAACUAUCGAGAGUGGUACGAAAAGUUUUACAAGGGCUAUGCUGCUGGAGCCCAGCCUAGACCUCCAGUGAAUAGAGAGAACUUUUCUCCAGAUCGAUUUGUUCCACCCGGAUCCAGGCGUGAGAAUUCCCCAUAUGCUCGAUGUCGUAGAGAGGAUUUUGCUACUGGACAAAGCCAUAGAAGUCGCAACAUAGGUAGCAGUUAUCCAGAAAAGCCUUCAGGCCGAGAAGGCCACAACAUUAAAGAUCCAACAAAAUCAAAGGAAAAGGAAGCUGAAAAUCCACCAGGAGAUGGAAAAGGAAAUAAACACAAAAAGCAUAGAAAGCGAAGGAAAGGGGAAGAGAAUGAAGGCUUUCCCAAUGCUGAGUUAUUGGAAGGCUCACGGAAGCCCAGAGAGCCUGGUGGGGGGGAAGAAAUUAAAACUGACUCACUGUUCAUGCUCCCAAGUAGGGAUGAUGCUACACCUGUCAGAGAUGAGCCUAUGGAAGCAGAUUCUAUUGCUUUCAAACUAGUGUCUGAAAAGGAGAAAAAAGAGAAAGAUAAACCUAAAGCAAAAGUUGACAAGACAAAACGGAAAACAGAAGGAACUGCCACUACUAAGAAAGACAACUUAGUAAAACCAUCUAAAACAUCCCAAGAAAAAGCAGAGGCUGAUCGUGAAAAGUCUCCUCGAACUGAGCCUCCUGUGAAAAAAACAAAGGAGGAGUUGCCAAAGACAGAGAGUACUAAAUCAACUUCAUCUCAAAAGGAUGAGAAGGCGCUCGGCACGCCACGGAAAGUUAACCCAAAAGUGACAAAAGAGCAUCCUGAAACCAGACCAGCCAAGGAUGAAAAAGCAAAGAAAGAGCAUCCAAAAGAAUCCAAGCCAGAAAAGCCAUCAAGCAAGGAAGAGAAGUCCAAAAAACCUAUAGAAAAAAGCAAACCUACUGAUACAAAACCUGAAAAAAGAAAGAGAAAGGCAGAGGAAAAGGAACAUGAAACCACUUCAUUAAAAACCUCUAAAACAGAAGUUGAAGUGAAACCAUCACCAAAGGGGAAAUCUGAGCCUGAUGGUGAAAAAACAGAGAGAUCACCUGAAAAAGACAAAGCUGCUUCUCUGAUUGCCCCAGCAAAAAAGAUUAAACUAAACCGAGAAACUGGCAAAAAGAUUGUAAGUGGAGAAAAUGUACCUCCUACAAAAGAACCCGCUGAGAAACCAGAGCCACCCAGUAGCAAAGUUAAACAAGAAAAAGUGAAAGGAAAAAUGAGAAGAAAAGUAACAGCAGCUGAUGGGUCCAGUUCAACUCUUGUAGAUUACACCAGCACUAGCUCUACUGGAGGCAGCCCUGUUAGAAAGUCUGAAGAAAAGCCAGACACCAAACGAACAGUCAUUAAGACCAUGGAAGAGUAUAAUAAUGAUAUAACAGCCCCUGCUGAAGAUGUCAUCAUUAUGAUUCAGGUUCCUCAAUCAAAGUGGGAUAAAGAUGACUUUGAGUCUGAAGAGGAAGACAUUAAAUCUACACAAGCACCUUCAAGUGUAGGAAAACCUGCUAGUGUUGUAAAAAAUGUCAGUGCUAAGCCUACAAACCCUGUGAAACAUAAUGAAAAAGAAAAUGAGCCUUUGGAAAAAACACAGAAAACUGCAAAAGAAGCAAAUUAUGAGAGUUCCCAGCAUGAAGCAAAAAGUUCAAAAACUUCUGUGUCAAAUGAAAAAGGGAAAACCAAAGACCGGGAUCAUUCUGUGUCAGACAAGGACACUUCUGAGAGAAGGAAAAGCAGUGUUCAACCAGAAAAAGGCCACUCAGAACGAGGAACUGAACAAGGAAACCUAAAAAACCUUUCUCAAUCUUCCAAAGACAGCAGAUCUUCAGAUAAACAUGAUACUGGGCGUGGAUCAUCUGCCAGAGAUUUUACUCCUAGCAGGGACAAAAAAUCUGACUAUGAUAGCAGCAGGGAUCAUUCCAGUUUCAAGCGGAGAGAUGAAAAGAAUGAGUUAACAAGGAGAAAAGACUCCCCUUCUCGAAACAGAGACUCUGCAUCAGGCCAGAAGAGUAAACCAAGAGAUGAACGUACAGAAUUGUCCAAAAAGGGAACUGUUGAGUCCAAAAGGAGUGGCCACAGUCCUCAGAGGGACAGAAGACAGUAUGACCACAAAACGGCUUAUGAUUCCAAACGUUCAUCAGAUGAACACAAAUCUCUAGAUAGAAGUUCAGGUAAAGAGAGAGAGAAACACACAUCUGAAACAAAGAGCAAUAAAGACAGAGACACAAGUGGCAAUAAAUCGUCUUACAAACAUGGAUCACCUGAUGCAAAAAAUGAGAGAGAGCAUGCGAGUGGGCAAAGCGACAAGAGCACCAUCAAACCUAAGCCUCAGUUAAGCCACUCCUCUCGGCUAUCUUCUGACUUAACUAGAGAAACGGACGAGGCUGCAUUUGUACCGGACUACAAUGAAAGCGACAGCGAAAGUAAUGUGUCAACAAAAGAUGAAGACUCUCUGGGAAGAAAUGCUAAAGAACUGAAAGAAAAGGCAGUGGAUAAAUCUAAAGAGACUGCAGUUAAAGCAACGCUUGGCCAACCUGGCGUAAGUAGAAUUCAGAGUCAAAGUAGUCCCAGUGUUAGCCGCAGUCGUAGUCAAAGCCCUUCUGAAAGUCAGACUCGAAGCCACAGCAGCAGUGCAAGUUCUGCAGAGAGUCAGGACAGCAAGAAAAAGAAGAAGAAAAAAGACAAAAAGAAACACAAGAAGCAUAAAAAACACAAGAAGCAUAAGAAACACACUGGGAAUGAAUCUGAAUUGGAGAAAAGCCAAAAACACAAACACAAGAAGAAAAAAUCCAAGAAGAGCAAAGAUAAAGAAAAGGAGAAGGAGAAAGAUGACCAAAAAGUGAAAUCUGUCGCUGUAUAAAAUGACAGAUAAGAAAAAUUGACUUAAUUACUAAGUCAUCUGUAUUAAAUUUUGUUAUAAUGUAAACAAAUUCAAGCUUUGUAAAUAAUGACAUGAAAGACCCUGUGCUGCACUUAAAAUAUUGCUGCUUGAUUAUUUGAUUUUUACAUCAGAGCUUUAUAAAGUGAACAUUUUGUACAGAAUUGUGAGUUGUGACCAUGUAACAUGAGAGGUUUUGCUGAGGCAUCUUAUUUUUAACCACCGUUAAUUAGUUUGGGUGGAGUUUACUGUACUGUGAAAAUUUUCACAUUUGAAUUUUUUUUAAUUGCCUGGCAGAAAAAGCUGGUAUCAGUUCUGAAAUAUCAGCAGAAUGAUUUGCAGAAUACAUUACAGCCCUGUUAUGUCAUUUUUUGAUUACAAUAAAAAGUUUUCAGUAAUCUUUAUUCAAUGUGAUGGAAUUUGCAGUAGUAGCUGAACAUAAACAGGGUAUCGAUAAGAACAGCAGCAGACAAAAAUGAUAAAUGAAAGAUUUUUAGGCGGCUGAAAUUUACGGAAUGUAAUUAUAACAGUUUUAACCUUUUAAAAAAAAAAGUAGAACUUGAAAGUUUUGAGAUGAGCUAAUAAGGAUGGUGAUGCAAAAAAGAGCUUUUUUUAUGUCAGGUUAUGCCAACUAGAUGUUUUUAUAUUUAAAAAGGUAUAUUACCUUAAAAAAUAGCCACUAUACAUAGCCGGUACUGACUUUUUAAAAUGUGAUAUAUAUGAAGCUGUCACAUGUCAACAUGGUUCCAAUUUAUGUUAAAGAGCCAUUGCCAUGCUCUGGCUAAUGUUUACAAAUGUAUUUUAGAAAACCUGUCCUAUAUUCUGUAUUUCCUUUUGUAUCAUUGCUGAUCUCCAAGGUACAUUUCUUUAAAACUGAAGCUUUUGCUUUAAAAUGAACUGUUUCAUACUGUGAUGACACAGUUCCGUGCAUAUCACCAUGGAAGUGACUUAUCAAUACAUUGAAUUUGGGGUAAAUAAAUAAGUUUGGUAAGAGGAGGAAGCCAGUUAGAAAGGCAAGCUUUUUUUAAUAAACAUUUCUGAAUGAUGAGAGGAAAUACAGACAAAGUGUAACUGUAGUGAUUUUGGUAAUUUAAAUAAGACAUAGUGACACUUU